UAGUUUAAAAGAAAAAAAAAAAAAAAAUCAAUACUUCCGGUUGCUCAACAACUAUAAAAGUAAAAGUAAACAACUAACAACCAUUUGUCAAAUAGUUAUUAAUUUAACACCUGCAUAGCAUAGCUACUUAUGAUUACUUUGGUUUCUAUUUAAUGAUUGAACGGUCUACGGCGACAGCAGAUUAAAAGCCCACAUGGAAAUACUCUUAUGCAAAUCAAUAAUUAUAGUAGAAAUCUUGAAAAAAACGCUCUGACACAACUGCUGUGAGAUGGCUGGUGUCUGUACUACCCCUUUUAUUCUACUUAUGAUUACUUUGAUUUUCUUUGGCUUUUGUGCAUGCAGUUAUGCCCAAGAUGUUACUUGCUCUUCUCGAGUUCCUAUUGAGGAAGUGGAGACUCUACGUCAAAUUGCUAGAGAAGUAGGAAAGCUUGACUGGAACUGCUCAGCAGAUCCCUGUAGCAAUAGGCCGAAUGAGCUUUGUUGGAACUCAACAGACUCAAGUAAUAAGAAGUACGCCAAUUUGGUAAACUGCACAUGCCAUGAUGGCACAUUGCAUAUCUCAAAGAUAUUUUGGAAGUCGCAAAAUCUGGCUGGUGUCCUUCCUAGAUCCCUUGCAAAGCUGCCUUACAUUCAGACCAUCGAUCUCUCCCGAAAUGUCCUAACCGGAACAAUACCACCUGAAUGGGCUAAAACGAAGUUGGAAUUUGUGUCUCUAUUUGCUAAUCGACUAUCCGGACCAAUUCCAAAGUAUUUGGGGAAUAUUAGCACUCUCACUCAACUAAGCCUUGAGAGCAAUCGCUUUAUUGGAACUGUUCCUGCUGAACUUGGGAACUUACAAAAUUUAACGAACUUAACUCUAAGUGACAACCAACUAACCGGACCACUGCCUUUAGAGUUGACGAAGCUGACAAAUCUAUUUGUACUUCAACUAAGUAGCAACAAUUUCAGUGGAAGCUUGCCUGAUCAUUUUGAGAAUUAUUCUCAACUUCAACAUCUAGAUUUAAUAGGUAGUGGCUUUGAGGGACCAAUACCAUCCAGCAUAUCUUCUCUGUACAAUUUGAAAAUACUGAGAAUCAGCGAUUUGGGUGGAGAGGGUUCUGAGUUUCCAAAUAUGCAAAAUUUGAAAAAACUGAAUGCAUUGGUUUUGAGGAGCUGUAGUAUUACUGGAGAAAUUCCCAAGUAUUUUGGAAAUUUCCAGAAUUUAAUAACCAUAGAUUUUAGCUUCAACAAGCUGACUGGCACUGUUCCAUAUUACCCUCAAAUACAGUAUUUGUAUCUGACAAGCAAUAUGCUAAAUGAAUCAAUACCCGAAUGGAUCGUCAACACAGAUGAUACUAGACAUGUAGACAUUUCGUACAACAAUUUUAAUGAUACUUCUGUACAACCUUCAUGUGAUAGAGAUAACCUAAACCUGUACCGGUGCAAUGCUAGACAAAAGAGCUUAGAUUCGAGUGAAUGCUUGAAGGGAUCAAGAUGUUCAAAAACUCGGUAUUCAUUGCACAUCAAUUGUGGAGGACAAGAAAUCCGCAUUGGGAAGAAUACCUAUGAGCAAGACACUGAAACUAAUGGUGCUGCAACGUUUUUCCAUGAAAAGGCUAACUGGGGAUUUAGCAGUAGUGGAACAUUCUGGAAAUCUGAAAAUCUUACAACUUAUAUAGCACAAAAUACUUCGAUGCUAAGAAUAAAUGACACAGAAGCAGACCUGUACAAAGAAGCACGACUCUCUGCUACAUCUCUAACUUACUAUGGUCGCUGUCUGGCUAAAGGAAACUACACUGUGACACUUUACUUCUCUGAAAUUGUCUUUACAGAUGAUAAUACUUACACAAGUCUUGGAAGGAGGGUGUUUGAUAUUUUUAUUCAGGAAAAGUUAUAUGCCAAGGAUUUCGAUAUUGUAAAGGAAGCCAAGGGGACAAAUAAGGCCUUCAAUUUAACUUUCACAAAUAUUUCUGUUACAAAUUACAUAGAAAUCCGCUUCUAUUAUGGUGGGAAAGGGAGCACACAAAUUCCAUUAAAAGGAAAUUAUGGUCCUCUAAUCUCAGCGAUUUCAGUGAAGUCACAGUUCAACCCUCCUUUCGACUGGAAAAUAGUAAUGUGGGUUCUAAUAGGAGCUGCAGCGUGUGUUCUUGGCAUUGCACUUGGUUAUUAUUGGUGGAAACGCCGUAUGGCUCAUAUUCAAUCAAGGGAACAGGAGUUGCGAACACUGAAUCCGCAAAUUGGUAUUUUCACUUAUAAUCAAAUCAAGGCUGCCUGUAACAACUUUAAUGCUGACAGCAAGUUAGGAGAAGGUGGGUUUGGAUCGGUGUACAAGGGCACCCUAUCGGAUGGUACCCUUAUUGCUGUUAAACAACUUUCAUCCAAAUCAUCUCAAGGGAAUCGAGAAUUUUUGAAUGAAAUUGUUAUGAUUUCUAGUUUGUGUCAUCCAAAUCUUGUAAGACUGUGUGGAUGUUGUGUUGAUGCGCGCCAAUUGCUGCUGGUGUAUGAAUUCAUGGAGAACAAAGACCUCGGACAUGCUUUGUUCAGUGCAGGUGAGGGUCGAUCUAGAUUUGAUUGGCGUACAAGGAAAAAAAUAUGCAUAGGAAUAGCUAGGGGUUUAGCAUUCUUGCAUGAAGAAUCGAGACUUAAAAUUGUACAUAGAGACAUCAAAGCUACAAAUGUAUUGCUUGAUCGAGACCUUAACCCGAAAAUCUCGGACUUUGGGUUGGCAAAGCUUAAUGAAGAGGAGAUUUCUCAGAUUAGCACUAGAGUUGCUGGAACUAUAGGAUAUAUGGCUCCCGAAUACGCACUAUGGGGCUAUUUAACUCCUAAAGUAGAUGUUUACAGCUUUGGAGUCCUCAUAUUAGAAGUCAUGGCUGGAAGAAGCAACAUGAAAUUCCAGCCCAAUGAGGAACACUUUUGUCUUCUGGAUAAGGCCUUUUUCCUGAAACAAAAAGGAGAUUUGUUGGAGCUGAUGGAUCCAACAUUAGGAUCCAAAUACAACAAGGAUGAAGCAUCAAAGAUAUUUCAGAUUGCACUUCUAUGCACAAAUCCAUCUCCAGCACUUAGGCCAACCAUGUCAGAGGUAUUAAGCAUGCUCGAAGGGAAUACCGAGGUACAAGAACUGAUUCUAGAGCCGAAUUCUUCAUAUAGUCAAGAGUGGAUUUAUCAACACUCAUCUAAGAACCAGCUAAAACAAAUUUCUGAAGCUGAAACUCGGAGUUUAAUGCAUUCAUCAGAGGCACCAUCGGUUGAGUUGUCUUCCUCCAAGUCGAUAGACGUUAGUUACCCCUGUUGAUGGUGCUCCGUGAAGCGUCCAUGGGAAACACUGAUGUGUGCACUGUGCGGCAGAUAUGGUGAGAACCUUUUAAUGGCGUUGGCGUUGGCGUUGUCAUUAUCAUUAUCAUCAUACCCGGUGUAUCCCGCUCAUAGAAAACUAUGGUCAGGGUCUGGGAGGGAAGAAAGACGGCAGCUCAUACCCAUAGAGGAGAGUGCGGUCAAAGAGUCACUCGGCUCGAGAAAGGUCUUCAAAGAGAGAGAAACCUGCACUAUACAAAUAUAUGUGCAUGUAUAUAUUCUGGGAAAGGGCUGCUGUGUUCUAUAAACAUAUUGUAUACAUACAUGGAGAGACCAAAUUUCAUAUGAAUGUAUGAUUUGAUUAAGAAUUCAAACUUAAUCUAACAUUUGAUCUUUUUCCUUGCACAGGUGAACGUCAUACAUUAUACUAUUAUAGAAAUACGGAGAAAGGGAAAUGUACAAUUAUAGAAAGAAGGGAAAAGGAUAGAGCUUGACUACUUACAUGUGUAGAAGUGUUGUUUGUAAGAUGUUUGUCUGUUGGCACCAAAGCGGAGAACAUAGGCUUAGACCUGCUUAGGUUAUGAUUGAGUCCUUUGAAUAAAAUCUUUUAUUGUUUGAAUUGUACUUAAUAUAGAAAAAUGACAGGUUAUUGUUUUAGCGUGUAUGCAGAGAUGAGUGUUGGACUCAUUCUACAAUAUGAAAUAUAAAUGUUAUCGUGACUAA